GAUAGAUCUUCAUAUCAAACCGAGAGAUUUCUUCGCAUAGAUAUGAUAUGUGGAUCGUGUAACCGGUACUGAUUUACUCGUACGCCCAUUAUUAUUUUUGUGUAUGGCUGCUGAGACAGGCAGGACAGGAGAGGUGUGUGUGUGAUGUGUGUGAUGUGGAUGAAGGGAGCGUUUGGUAAAUAUGUCAGGUGUUCUGGGUUAGAUUGUCAGCCGGAUGCUAAGAUGAUUUUGUGUCUGGUUGUUAAAUCUGGUUGUAAAAGGCCCUGGGAUCGAAAGCAGGCUGUGUGAGUGUCAGGCUCUCUCUCUCCAUCUGCUGUCUCCUGUCUGUGUGUCUGUAUGUGUCUGGUGUAAAGUUGUGCCUCAUGCUCUGGUGCAUUAGGAGAUUUCUUCUAAUGUCUCUUCCAACCCUGCGAGAACAUGAUCGGAUCCCCAGAUGUGGUGGCUUUUACCAAAGAUGAUGAUUUUGAAGAUUCCUACACAGACCCGUGCUUGCUCCCAGAGGAGUUUUCUGUGCCUUUGUUUCCUCAUGCAAACUCCAAUCCAUGGUUAAAAACAUCCUAUGCAAAAUUCGCCAAGGAUUUCAUCCUUAUCUCGGAGUUUUCCGAGCAGGUCGGUCCACAGCCGUUACUCACCAUCCCGGAUGAUCCCAAAGUCUGCGGGACGUUCGACCUUAAUUACUUUUCUCUACGCAUCAUGUCCGUGGACUACCAGGCUUCGUUCGUGGGACACCCCCCUGGCACGAGUUAUCCCAAGCUCAACUUUGUCGAGGACUCGAAAGUCGUCCUGGGCGAUUCCAAGGAAGGAGCAUUCGCCUACGUGCACCACCUGACCCUCUACGACUUGGAGGCGCGCGGCUUCGUGCGUCCUUUCUGCAUGGCGUAUAUCUCUGCGGAUGAGCGAAAGAUCAUGCAGCAGUUCCAGCUGCUCUCGUCUGGAUUUUCCCGGGCUUCCGAGUGCUUAAAAUCAGGGAACAGGAAAGCCUUUGCGAACGAAUUGGAAAAGAAACUGAGGGACCUGGAGUACACGCGGUCCGUCCUGCACAGAGAGACCGAGGUGCAGAAAACCAACAGCGGCUGUUAUUCCACGCAGGUCAUCGAGAAAGCUAAUGAACUGGCCAACGUGGAGAGAUCCAUCUACGAGCAUAAAGAUUUGUUGAAACAGAUCACGUCUUAUCCAAACAGUAAAAGGAAAGACGCCGAUCAGGAGCGGUAUGAAGCAGAAACUAGAGCUGACACAAGCGAGCCUGACCACACACUGUCUUCUAAUCAUUCCGGGGAUGGAGAUAAACAUGUGGUAACGGAUGGUGAUGCUCAGCCGCCGUCUUACAUUCCCCAGCUGAUCAAAGCGAAAUCUGCGAAAUGUUUCGAUAAACGAUUAAAAACCCUGGAAGAGCUUUGCGAAUCUGACUUUUUCCACCACACCAUGGACCAACUGAGCGCGAUCGAGAAGGCAUUCCGAGGUGAUCUUUGCUUCCUUUACACCAGCCAGGUCGAUCGGGCUCUCCUGAGUAAGCAGAAGAUCACCAGCUUUCUUUUCGAGUACGAAGGCGAUGACGAUGAAGACCUCAGCUCCAGGAACCUCUACAACCCAAACCGCUCUGUUUUUUCGGGUCAGCCGUUGGUCCUUGAGUCCUACGCCGGUUACGCUGAAAGAACUGAGAAUAAGCUGGUACUUGAAACGACGGAAGGACCUCCAGAGUCCAGUACCUCAGACGUUACGCAGGAAACCUCAGAAGACGCUAACGACACAGAAAUGAAAGGGAGCUUCAGCAGUGACCGGAGCAUUGAGGCUUUUGCAAACUUUAGCCCGGGAAAUCACGACGGUUUUCCGAGAACGCACACGAACGUGGCUUGUACUGUGACCUCAUCUGAGAAAGAAGAAAACGCUCCGUCUGUCGGAAAGGCGUCAUCCUCAGGAGAGCACGAACCCGACCUCGAUCACGGUGAAACAGAACAUCUGAUUCAGAUGGACGCAGCAUGCUGCAUGGGACAGGACGGUUUCAUCUACGAGGAGCCUGAACCGGUCCUGGAGCGUCGUGAGGACACGGUUGUCAAGUGCGAGCCCCUGUCCCUGCUCCAAAGGGACCCUACCGUGCAAGACGACUACGUGUUGGGAGAGACACCGCAGGCCGUACCGAGUCCCAGCAUGAGGCUGAUGCUUCCUGAACUCAACCCUAGCCCUGUGUGUGAGGAGCUGGUGAGACUGACCGUGGAAGAUGUUUCCGACAACGGCAGUUACAUGAGCACCUCGACCAGCUCCGACAGAGCGGCCUCGCCUUUCACCUACGGCAGCCCCAUCACGCUGAAGCAGAAGAAGAAGGCGGGCCACAGCGCCCUGCGCUUCAUCAGGCAGUACCCGUUUGCUCAGCAAGCCAUCUUCUGCCUGCUAAGCGGAAGAACGCUGGUGGUUCUGGGAGCUGACGAAGGUACCGUGAGGAAGCUGGUGAGCGCGUUGUUGAUUUUCGUUCCAAACCUCGGGAAGUGCGGAGAAACCGUGCAGCCGUGGCUCUCCACGUCGUUUCAGCUAAGCGACCUCCAGAGAUGGAAACUCAUUGGAUUGCAGAGGGUGGUCUCUCCAGCGGGUACGAGCUUGCUCCAUUCCCUGAGCCGCUACAGCCGAUAUAUCGGCAUCCUGGACUGUGACAACAAGACGCUCCGAUGCCCCGCCUACAAAGGAACAAUAAUCGGUCACAUGGCGGACCACAGGACGCAGAUCAAACGCGGCAGCACCUACUAUCUCCACGUGCAGAGCGUAUUAACUCAGCUCACAGCCAAGGCCUUCCUUUACACUUUCUGCCACCACCUCCACCUGCCCGUCAGUACGGACCAGGACGCCGAGUCGGUGGUGCGGCGCAGGACUAACUUCUUGUUGCAGCUCGGCUACACCGAGGAGGAGAGUAAAAUAAUCCGCUUCUUGAGCGAGCUGGUCAAGCAGCAUUACCUUCAGGGGCCUUUUAAGGGGGUCAGCCAGUCUCACUUCAGUUUCAGUUACACCACCAGCUAUUUGUACAAAAUCUAAAUGUGAAUCUGCCCUCUCUUCAUCUUUUAAUGGUUCCAUAUCCUGCCUUUGUUUUAGUUUUGUUUCCUUUUCCUGGCACCUUCGCUUAAAAUCAGGAGAAAUAUUGAAUGUAUUUGUAUUGCGGUAAAAUCCCUCUUUCUUUUUGCCAGUGUUGCUUUCGAGUCCAGUGAGUCGGUUGUGAUGGCUGCUUGUCAUCAGUGUGGUCUUGUGUUGUCAGACUUCCAGCUUGAGACAUAACGUGAAAAAUAUUUCUGAAAUUUUAUUAAUAAAAGUCUUGUAUUUAUUAUUAUUAUUAUGUUUUGUUUAAAGAGCCAGUCCAGGUCGGAAGUGCGUCCGGCCCAAAGAGCCAACAACUCUGUCAGCAAUUAUUAAAAAGGUACUGAAUCUGUGAAAUUUGUUAUUUGCCUCACGUACUUAUAACAGAACGUGAAAAUGAAAUGAAAUAGAGCGGCAUUUUUGACACUAUGGAAUUCAUGUUUUGUUUUUUUUUCCUCUGUUCCUGAUUUCAAUGCGCUCUUUAACCUUGUGCUAAUUUGCCACGUGAUUUAUAAAUGGGAGCGAAGCAGUACGUAAUGAAUUUCUUUAUGAACUUUUGAUGCUUGUGAUGUAAAACAAUUAAAACUUUGACUAAUGUUCAUGUCACCCCCCCCC